CAGAGAAACGUUUUCAUCCAGGAGUUGCUGCCCGCUGAUCUCCCGAAGAUGAGCCGGAACGCACCAGAGACGUGAACUAUUCUCAAAUAACGCAAGCGUUGCAUUGCCACCAGAGAGCUGUGCCUCUUCUUCUUCUUCUUCCUCUCCCGCUCCACGGCCCCGAGCGAGACCCUUACUCGGAGGGCUCCGCAGGAGCUCGCUGCUGCUCGGCCAGCAGGCGGCCUCCUUGCGCCUGGCUCAACUCAAAGCCCAGCUAGCGGUGACGCAGAUAAACAAUGCUCUGGCUGUCGGCAGCCGAGCCGCAACCUUGACCCCCAACUCGCUCGCCGCCUACAUAUCCGCAACGUCCCCCUGCCCAACUGCGGCGGCCAUCAAUCUCCUCAACCUUCUGAAGAUCGCAAACACCAUGUCCAAUCCCCAGUUCAACCCCUAUGCUCCUGGGAACCAACGAGCCCCUCAGGGUCAGUAUGGACCCUCCAGUGGGCAGCCGGGGAGGGACCCCCGGCUGCCACUGGCUCACCUUGGGCCUGGGUCCGGCUUCAGCUCCCCUGGGACCGGAUUCAACUCUGGGACCGGAUUCAACUCUGGGACCGGAUUCAACUCUGGUACCGGAUUCAACUCUGGGACUGGAUUCAACUCCUCUGGGACCGGAUUCAACUCUGGUACCGGAUUCAACUCCUCUGGGACCGGAUUCAACUCCUCUGGGACUGGAUUCAACUCCUCCGGGACCGGAUUCAGCUCCUCUGGACCUUCUUCGGUGACUCCUGCCAACUCUGGGGGAAUGCCUCAGAUGCUGCUGCCCCAGUUGAUGGGCUACAGGCCCCCUGAGCAGAGUCGGGCCGUAAUGGACCAGAACAUUGAGAGGUCUAUAGACAUGCAUAUUAGUCGAGCCAGAGAGGAGGCCGGGCAUCACGGCAAACCUGUGCAUCAGCCCAUGGACUCUCGAUUUACGAGCACUCAAAGGGAGUGUCUCUCCUCAACCACAGGGCUGAUAUCCUACCCUCAGCCAAAGUCCUCGGCCUCUGCCUCUUUCGGACACAGAUACCCGGGGGUUGAAAGUGGCGGUAGCUCCUCGGACUGGUCAUCCAACUUCGAAAAGUCGACUGCCGCCAAACCCUCUACGUUUUAUUCGCCGCCUCCUUCGUCCAACUAUUCGAGCGAUGUCGAUGGAAGGCCCAUCGGCUCCGGUGAAAGAGAGCGUGUGAUGCCGCCGAUUCCGGGGUUGGCCGAUUUCGACCCUUCGUUGUCGGUCAAGCUGGCGGCCCUCACGGAUGCCAAGUACACAUCCGAAUCGGCUUCGAACAUCCUUUUGCAUUUUGGACUUGAAAAAGAGGACCUGGAACAUCUCAUCUCGUACCCCGAGGAGCAGAUCACGCCCGCCAACCUGCCGUUCAUCCUGCGGCAAAUCCGCAUCGAGAAGACCAAGAGGGCUACGACCGCGGCUCAGUCGAAACCCUGCCCCCAACCCCAGCCCGUCAGAAUGAGUCAGCCGGACGGGGUAGGGAUGCGCCAGGACGACAUUUCCUCCGCCGGUCGCCAGCUGAGUAACGUCAUUGACUACGGACAUACGGGCAAAUACACCGGAGGGGCUGCGGACGAGAUCGGAAGGACCAGUGGCAGUCGGGAUAACAGCGGUGGGAGUGGAAGCAUGUUGCCGACGGACACUUACAGUAGUAGCAGGCAAGGGCCACCACCUCUGGCAAAAAAGGAGGUGAAAAGCAGUGCCUCUGGUUUUUCCCGUGCCGUUUCCGGUGUCGGCUCUCUGCACAGUUCAAUGCAGUCGAGCUUCGUGGCCGCCACGAGCAACGCUCCUACCAAACCAUCGCAAACCCCGAAUGUCGCCAACCCUUCCUUUCGGAAAGACACGGACAUCCGAGUCAAGGGCGAAGCCCCCAAACCCGCCCCCAAAGCUUUGAAGAAACCGAAGGUAGAUCGCCGCAAAAGAGCGAAAAUCGCACCGCCCUCCAAUUUGUACCACAGUGCAAACCCUGCCAGGCCUGGCGUUGUGGUCGUGGAUAGUAAUUACACCGGGGCCAAUAAGAACCAGGGUAAUAAACCCGGGCAAGGGUCAACCGUUGCUGAGCAGAUGAAAAAGUUGCAGCAGGCGGUGCAGCAGAUUCAUAAGCAGGCGGUGCAGCAGCAGUGGCCUUCGUAUUUUCCUCCGGCGAAAUUGGUUCCCCCUCCAUCUCGCAUGCCCAACGUCGCCGAUGCCAUGCAGCGCCCGGGGUUCCCUGUCGGCCCUCCCCCCGCCGUCGGUCCUCCAGGGUCGAUCUCGGAUCUGAUGAACCUCAUCCACCGGAUACCGCCUUCCAGCAUUCAGACGACUUCGGAGGCGGCGGCGGCGGUGGUCGCCGCCCACCUGCCGACGGCGGCCAUGAUGCAUGAUUAUGCCGCGGCCUCGCCGAGAGUCUUUCCACAUACCUGUUGUCUGUGUAGCAGAGAGUGUCUUCGUAUGCAGGACUGGAUCUGCCACCAGAACACCAGCCUCCACCUUGAGAACUGCAAAAUCCUCCGAAUACAAUACCCACUGUGGGAUGGUGAGAUUGAACUCGGGGGUAAAGGUGCCGCGCCCUCGACCUACCGGCGCCGCCAUCAAAGCCGCUCCCAAUCCGGCUCGCUGAGCCCCCGCCGGUACCGUCGGUCGCGAUCGCCGUACAGCUCCAGAGGCAAUCGCAGGUCUCGGUCUCGCUCUCGCUCUAAUUCCCCGUGGUACAACCGCACAACUCUCAAGGGCCAGUGGUCGCCUUCGUGGAGCCCCGACAGACGGUCCUCGUCGUGGAGGAGAUGCGACCGGCGUUCGUCUCCGAGUUGGUGCGCCGAGAGGCGGUCGCCGUCGCGCUGGAGCGACGAGCGGCUGUCGCCGGCGUCGAGGAGGGGGCGCGCCGAGUGGCGGUCGCCGUCGGGGAGGAGCGCCGAGCGGCAGUCGCCAAAGUCGAGGAGACACGGCGAGCGGCCGUCGCCGGAGUCGAGGCGGCGCGCCCAACUACGCGCCGAGAGGCAUAGCGCCGAGAGGCUGAGCGCCGAGAGGCGGAGCGUCGAGAGGCGGAGCGUCGAGCGGCGGAGCGUCGAACGGCGAGCGGCGGAGCGGUCGUCGCCGGACGUGAGGAGGCGAGCUGAAAUCCGCGCCCAGAGGCACGCCUCCCGACGCGCCAAGAUGACUGCAGAGAGACGGCCGCCCAAGCACAGCACCACAGAAAACCUGGUCAAGAAACUGAUGGAGACCUCAGCGGUCCAGUCUCUGUCCAAACAGUCUGACCUGGAGACCGUGGUCAAAACUCUGGCGCCGGCCUUAAUGGCCGAGCUGGCCAAGAUGAAAGAGCCCUUCACCCCGUCUUCUUCCACGCCCUCGAAAGCAAACACCAAACCCCUGCAACCCAGCGAGCCUGAUGAAAUGAUGAAACCGAACGAGGUGAUACUGUCGUCUGUCUUUUAUGACAUCACUCACGACGACAUGCAAGCUGCCGUGGAGGCCUUCGGGAAAACCACGGCGCUCAUUCUGUUCCGGUCCAAACGUGUGGUACUCGUGAGAUUCGAGAAAGAUGAAGACGCAAACGCCUUGAAAAGACUAAAGAGCCUCGAAGUGAAGGGACAUAUAAUCCAAGUGGGCAGUUCCAAGCCGGAGCCCCCUGCUGAGGAAGAGGGAGAUGAAAGAAAGGAGGCUGUUUCUAAGGAGCAACAGACCAAUCCUGACGCGUCCGAUACCGUGGAAAAGACCCUUCUCCCGACACCCAAUCAAAUUCCGCCUACCAUGCCUCUAUCUGAUGACUCCACAGAGGUCCUUCUCCUGUCACCCACUCCAGAUCCUCCUCUUCUGCCUCACACGUCUCAAGCAGAACUCACCAAAAAGUGUCCAACUGGCAAAAGUAAAAGUGAAAUAAGCGUUGUUCUAAAAGGGAAAAUCGGCUCGGCCAAGCCGAUGACUAAAACGGAAAAAACAGGAAAGCUGCCUGGUAAGGGACCUGUGAAAAAGAAAAAAGCAUCAUCGCGAUCCAAGCCCACGACUGAUCAUCCGGACCUGAAAGAAUCCGAAAAGAAAGAAUCCAAAAAGAAAAAAGCAUCAACAGGAUCCAAGUCCACGACCGAUCAGCCAAAGCUAGAAGAUUCUAAAAAGAAAAAAGCAUCACCGGGAUCUAAGUCAACGACUGAUCAGCCGGACCUAAAAGAAUCUGAAAAGACAAAAGCAUCACCGGGAAGCAAGUCCAAAACUGAUCGGCCAAAGCUAGAAGAUUCUAAAAAGAAAAAAGCAUCACCAGGAUCCAAGUCCACGACUGAUCAGCCGGAUCUGAAAGAAUCUGGAAAGGCAAAAGCAUCACCGGGAUCCAAGUCCACGACCGAUCAGUCCUGCUCGAACCCGAAAGAAUCCGAAUCCGAGGUUCGAGAAGCUGUGCCGAAAGACGUGGCCGAGGUUGUUGAAAAAGUACUGGGUGACGCCGAACCAAUGGAGGUCGGUGAGGUGGGAGUUGAAAUGGAAGACCCCAUGGAGGUCCAAAGUCAUGCAGAGGAAGGAGAAAAACCGACAACCGUGGAGGCCGCAGCAGACGAGUCCAUGGAGACUCGACCGGCUAACGAUGCGGGUCCGACCGGAACGUCGCCGACGCCCCUCCUCCUCCGGCAGAGCACCCCGUCGGAACCAGAGUCCGCGGCACGGGGGCCGGAGAGCGAGAAGGAGGAGGCGGGAAGCUCUAGCGACGCGGCUGUGAAGGCGGGAAGCUCGAGCGAGACUACGCAGGCGGCAAAAAGCUCCAGCGACGCCGUGGCGAAGUUGGGCGGUGAUUUUAUCACCUUUGGGGAUAUGAUCACCAAGAAACACUUCGUUAAGAAAUUAUCGUGCUUCAACCUGAAAAACUGCUUGCUGACAAAGUUUAGAAGACGCCGCCAGAGGCCGCUGUACAUCAGCAACCUGCCGGACUACGACACCGUCCCUUACACCGAGCAAGACCUCGUCCAGCUGCUCACGCCGUUUGGGUUUAAAUAUGCAGAAGACAGCAUCUACAUUCUUCCUCAGGCGUGCAAUGCCUUCGUCCUCAUGGUGGAAGCCGAGGCAGCGCUGAAGCUCGUGAAGGCCGACGCGAAGCCGGGCCUUUUCUUCAAAGGGAAGAGAAUCCGAUGCAGUAUUAUCGCAAACGACUUUGGGAAGACGCCGCUCUAUUUUUAUAGAUCCAUGAUUAAGCUGCUGCAUUAUCACCCAAUCCAAAAUGAGUCCGAAAUCAUCCUGAUCAAGAACAUCACCUGGAGCGAGAUCAAGGAACUCAGAAUAACUCUGAAGACAAUCCGAUCCGUGAAGAACUUCUUUCCCCUCCUCAACAAGGUCUUCGUGGAGUUCGAGUCGGUUUUCAACGCGGAUCGGCUCGGCGUCUGGUACAGUCUGCUGAGGCGCCCCCCCCCUCACAGGAUCUACCGGAUGAAGGUGCCGCUGCUCGGCCGUGUUCUCCUGCAACCAGCGCCGAGAUUCCCCAUGAAUGCGAUUCCUCCCACAGAGGACGCCGUUACCGGGGCGAUGGCCCCGACGAAGGAGUUCGGCAUCCCGACGCAGACCAUCGGAGCGUUCUGGGUCACGCUGAAGUCUCACCCCUUCCUCUUCCCCACCAGGAGUCCGUGGUUCAUCAUCCCGAAUUACCUGACGGUCGCUUAUCAGGAGGACAUUCAGAGGGCGAGUCGCGGCGCCAUGUUCCCGACCGUCAUGUUGACCGGUCUGCCGGUGGGAAACUACCAGCACAAAGACGUGGCCAAGCUGGUGUGGCGCUAUUUCCCCAAAAAGACCCUCCACUGCCUGUACUACAACGUGGUGGUGUUGCCUCUGCAGAGGAGGGCCUUCGUGUUCUUCAACGACUGGACUUCGUGCUGGAAAUUCGUCCGAGAUCACACGAGGUGCCAAGUGGUCAUAAACCUCACCGCGCUCACUGUGCACUUUGUCUUGGAGGCCAUGCAUCCCGCGACCAACGAGGAGGUGAUGUACUCCACCAUGAUGAAGUGGAGCAACGCCGGCAUUCCAGAGCCGGCGUCUCUGGGGGAGCGGCUGCUGUGCGUGGAGACCACCGAGACGUCCGUGGACAUCAUCGCCAUGGUGAUGGAAGUGGUGGCGUCCAUUGCGCCUUUCGUGGGCUUCCUGCCGCUCGCCAACCGGAUCUGCAUCGAGAUGGUUGAGGCCGCCGGCGUCGCCGAGGUGCUGGAGAAACACAAAACGUUGUCGAAGGACAGCUUCAAGAACCUCGAAGCUUGGAGUAAAGUGAAGCGUUUUGAGUCUUUCAAGACCCUUAAACUGCGUCUCCAAGAUUUGAAUGAGAUCUCCAUCUUUAAGAUGAACCCCUUGAAAAUCCAGUCCCCGCCCUUCUUGUCUGACCCGCCGGAUACCAAGCCACAAAUCGUUCUGCAAACCGGCACUUUUGAGCCCAUCCUAGUCGGACCGACCGCCGGCGCCGCCGCCAGCGGCCUUCCACCAAAGAAGGACGUUGAAAAACCAGAAACCCCGUUUACCGCGGACACCUCUUUGGCUCCCGAGGCGAACGAAGACGCGUCGAAUGCAGAAGAAGAAGACAUGAUGGACGAGGAGUUGCCGACGACCUCGAGCUCCGCAGCCUGCGUUCCCGAGAAACCGUUUCCUCUGAUGAACGCGGACAUAUUCCAGGCCAUCACGGUGGCGAUUCGCAAACACAGGCUCACCCGAGAGGGCAGCGCCAAGAGCGAGGAGAAGGAGAUCCCCAGCCAAAGCAGCGCGAGCUCUCGAUCGGCUCCGGCUGAAAACUCGCCAGAAAGAAAGGCUCGGGAGGAUUCCACAGACGGCGUCGCCGUCUCGUCAGACGCCUCUCGCUUCGAUGAGCUGAACUUCAACAUGGAUGACUUCGUCACCGUGGACGAAGUCGGCGGCGAGUCCUCGCCCAAGCCGACCUCCAAGGCCAGAAAAGAGAGGCAACCCGCAACGAAGUUGUCCUCCUCGUCCAAGUCGAGUAAAGACGUCUCCUCGAGCUCCGCGUCGCCAAAACAGUCCAAGUCCUCUCUUGUGCCGGCCGCAUCCCCGGUCAAACCCCCGGCCUCUGCCAGUAAGACCUCCCGCUCUUCUUCCCCACUGCCCACUGAAACCCCCUCCGGCCUCGGCGAUGCAACGCAAUCUUCGGCCAAAGAGUCCCCCAGUGUCGGCACCCGCUCGUCCUCCUCUGAGCGAGAACCGAAAGGUGUGACGACCGUCUCGACGGAGAGUCGCUCCGAGCCGCUUCUAGACGAAAAGAACACGGAGUCCACCGCGGCGACGCCCAACCACGACACGCCGGCAGAAAGCGUUGCUGCAGAAACCACGACGUCACCGGAGGUUCCUCCACCUGAACAGGAACAGGAAACGGGGUUGGAGUUGAGCCACGCCCAGAGUCCGGAGAUCGCUAUUAAUGCCAACGCACUUGAAGAGCAGAAGGAAACCAAAGAGGAAAGGAAAGGAGAUGAUGAUACAGAUGUGGAAAUCCUUGAUUCACUUGAUGGUCAAACGGAGGAACCGAUGGAGGAUGGGGACCAAGCCAGUGGCUCUGAAGCCCCGCCUAUAGAAGGCCAGGCGUUGCACGACGAAGGUGUUCAGGUCUCGGAGAGCGUCGACGAUGAGGUCAACGACGAGGUUAACGCGGAAAUCGGCGGUUCUCUCCAAGCGUCGGACAGCGUUACCGAAGGCGAAGCAGCCAAAGGUCCGGAAGACGAUCACCUGGUUCAAGAGGACACCGUGAAGCAGAUGUCUGAGGAUCACGACACGAGUCAUGUAGAAACUCUGCAGGUGUCGGAUACAGGGAGUGAACACACAGAUGGGAAUAAGAGAAAAGAGGAGGAAGUCCAAGACCAUUUGCUCUCUGCGGAGUCCUGCAAUACCUUCAAAGACGUGGAUAAUCCAAAUGAAGACCGGCCUCUUCCGGACCCCGAGAACAAAGACGCUUUAAAAGACCCACAAGGCGAUGUGACUGAACCGGAAGCCUUUGAGAUAUUGGAUUCAAUUGACGAUCUUAAUUCAGCGGAAGAUGAGAGCCAGAACCUCAAAAUCUCCAGUGAGCAAAUCUCUAAAGAAGACAUUGGGCCCGUGGAGGAAGAGGAAGACGAGUAUCAGGUAAUCGAUUCCGUGGGAGAUCAGCCAACGACGACGGAGCCCGAGACCGGCGGCAAAGGGAAAAGGAAGGGAGGGAAGGCGACGACGAGAAAGGCGAAAAGAGUUUCUAAAAAAGACAAAGAGGUCGCGGAGGACGCGGCGUAUAAGAUCGUGGAUUCCGUCGAGGACGAACCGGUUCAAGAAGCGCCCGCCGCAGAACCCGGGAGAAGGAGGAGCACGAGAGGAAAGAAAGAGGACAAAGGCCCGUCGGAUCUCACUGAAGCGGCCGCAACGCCAGAGGACGCCGUGGACGAACUGACGCCGAGGCCCGCCAGAGGGAAGAGGGGAAGACCGAAGAAAGAGGCUCCGAACGAGAAAAGCGAAGCGGAGGAGGCGCCGACGAAACGGAGGCAAACGCAGGAACGACUCGAGGAGAAGACGCCGAAGCAGGAAGAGGGAGCGCCUCCUUCAGGAGAGAGCACGCCGGCAACGGUGUUCGACUCCAUUGAGGACGAGGUGGUUCAGGUUGAUCCGCCCCCUCCCAAAAAAAGGGGAAGACCCAAGAAAGACGCCAAGACGCCAAAGAAAGGUCUCGGCUCCGCAUUGAAGAAGGCCGACAAAGACGCCGACAAAGACGCCUCGAAGAACGCGACCGACGAAGAGGAGGCGACCUAUCGGAUCCUUGAUUCCGUGGGCGGCGAGGCGGUGGACGAUCGGCCCCCCGCGGAGUCGACGUCGGAAACCGUCGACCAAACCGAGACGAGUGAAUCUCCCAAAGGGUCGCCCAAAAAAGAGGAAGAGGAGGGGGAGGAGCCGACGUAUUGCAUCGUUGAUUCCCUGGACGACGGUCAAGUUCAAGAACAGCCGAUGACCACGGAGGACGGGACGAACGAGGAGACUCCUCCUCCGAGAGGAGAGUCGCCGGCCGGGAAAGAGGAGGCGGAGGAGGCGGAGGAGGCGGAGGAGGCGGUCGUAGAAGAGGAGACGCUGUUCCAGAUCGUCGAUGAUUUGGAGUCGGGUGACGAACCGUCUGCCGCGUCGGGAAGUGCAGAAGCGCCCGGCGCGGCCACGCUGGCGUUUGUGUCCGACGCCGUAGAAGUGGAGAGCAUACCGGAGUCGCCCGGAAAAGACGGCGACGCGAGCGGCCAGGUGAGCCUGGACGAGGUGAGCGACGAGGAGGAGAACUACCCGGACGACGCCGACGAGGAGGAGGAGAAGAAGCUGAGGAAGCGACAAGCCGCCGCCAAGGAGAGGCACAUCGCUGAGAAGCGAGAGGCCAGGAGGACCAGGGAGCGGGAGGAAAGGAGGACCAGGGGCUCUGAGGAAAGGAGGACCAGGGUCUCUGAGGAAAGGAGGACCAGGGACUCGGAGCGGAGGAGCCGAAGCCGCAGCAGCAGUAGAGGAGGCGGUGGCGGCGGGGGAGGAUCAAGGAGGGAAAAGGAGGCGGCUGUCGAUCCCAAGGAGAUGGUGACUCUGGAUGAGGUGGGAGCGGACGACACUGCAGAGGAAGGAGCGCCGGGCGGCAAGGAGUCGGACGGAGAGAUCACGGAGGGAGAGAUGCAGGCGCUCGUCACUCUGGAUGAGUUCAUAGGAGAAGAAGAGGAGCAGGAAGAGGGCGGGAAGGAGGCGCAAAGCCCGCCAGAGCCCCACCCACCCAGCCAGGAGGAGGAGGAGUCAGUGGACUUCUUAAACUCAGAGACGUUGGUGACUUUGGACGGAGCUGGCGGAGAGGAGGAGGAGGAGAAGCCGGAGGAGGAGAAGCCGGACGAAGAGCGCGCUGAGAAAACGGCGAGAUCUUCCAAACGCAAAAACGACGACGACGACGACGCAGUUCUAGAGGAACGGAUGAACUUUGUGACGGUGGACGAAGUGGGAGAGGAGGAGGAGGAGGAGGAGGAGGUGAAGGAAGCCGUGAAGACCAAGACAAAGGGACGAGCCAAGAAGAGAACCAGACAAACUCCUGUGAGGAAAUCUACCAGAGGGAAAAAAGCGGCCGCAAAAGACGAGACGGAAGAAGAAGAGAAGGAGGAGCCGGCCGGCUCUGACAUACUCGACGCCUCCUCGCCGCUGGACAGAGAUCAGGAGGGACGUGUGGAGGAAGGAGACGAGGAGGAAGGCUGCAGCAGAGGAGACAUUAAAGGUGGCAGUAAACUCAGGACGGAGGCCGGAGGACCGGCAGCCAAGAGGUCUCGCUCCAUCUCCCCCGCCGAGCUGCCGCCGUUCAGACCCAACAACCCCCUCGGUCAGGAGUUCGUGGUCCCCAAGUCGGGGUUCUUCUGUGAGCUCUGCUCCGUCUUCUUCCUGACGGAGAACGCAGCCAUGGAGCUGCACUGUGGCAGCCAGAGGCACUACAACAAGCUGCAGAAGUGUCUCCAGGCUCGGGGACGGAACUCGUCCAGAAGUUCCACUCAAAGUUCCAGCGGCUCCGUUUCCGACUGAAAGAUGAACUGUGUGUGUGUGUGUGUGAAUGUGUGUGUCUGUGUGUGUUGAAGAUUUCAGACUGAAAGAGGAACUAUGUGUGUGUUUGUUGAAGGUUCUGGUAGCGACUCGUUUUCAAAAGGCUAACUUCUGUCCUGAACCGUUUCUUUUGUUCUUGAUAUAAAUGUGUAAAUAUGACAUCUGUAAUACUCAAUAUUUCAGUCCCAUUUUAAGCCCCGCCCACCUCUACAGUUCUGAUGGAUGUUUGGAAGCCACACGAGCUAAUCAAUAAAUCAUUAACGCAGUA